AUGCGCGCUCGGCCUCGCCCGCCGCCCUGCGGAGAAGAAAAGGGCGGGGUCAACCGGGGCGGGGCCAAUCGGGGCGGGGCAGCCUCGCGAGAGGCGUGGCCAGCGCAGGGCGUGCCCCCCCUCCCCGGGGGGGGGGUCUCCGGUGCUUCCCCUCCCCCCUCCCGGUACCGUUCGCCGCCGCUCGGCGCCGCCGCCGCCGCCAUUUCUGCGCCCUCAAAGCGGCGACCAAUGAGGAGCGAGAUCAACGACAGCGGGGCGGGGCUGGCGGCGCGGCAACCAAUGAGGGGACGGCGCUGUGAAGAAGGAGGAGGCGGGGUGGAAGAACCCGGAAAAGGAACGCGCGGCGGGUUGAGGCAGAGGGGGGACCAAUCAGGAGGCGGCGCGGGAAAGGGGAGAGCCAAUGAGGAGCGAGGGGAAGGGCGGGGCUUGUCCGCCAUGAACGGGGCGAGCGAGGGCGAUGGCGGCGGCUACAAACGGCGCUGCCGGGCCCUGAAGCGGCGCCUGAAGCUGCUGCUCUACGAGCAAGAAUGUUUCCAGGAGGAGCUGAGGAGGGCCCAGCGCAAACUCCUGAAAGUCUCCAGGGACAAAAGUUUCCUUUUGGACCGGCUCCUCCAGUACGAAAACGUCGACGAUGAUUCCUCAGACUCGGAGGCGACGGCGUCGUCCGACAACAGCGACGGCGACGGCGCCAAGGGGGCGGAGCCGGCGCCCGCCAAGAGGCGCCGCUCUCCGACCCCGCCCCCCUCCGGCUUUGGCCCCUCCCCCUACCUGAUGGCGUCUCCGCCCUACGGCUCCUUCCCCCUCCCCCCGCAGGGCGGGGCCCGGCCACGCCCCUGCCCCGCCCGCCGCAGCAAAGGCGCACGGAGAGGGCAGCCCCCUCCCGCCCCUCCCCCUCUGCCGCUGCCGGGGGGCGGGGCGGGGGCGGGGCUGGGCGGGGGGCGUGGCCCCGGGUCGCCCCUCCCCCCGGCGCUGGCCCCGCCCCCCGCCCCGCCCCCCGUGCCGCCCACGCUGCCCCGGCGGCUCCUGAGCGGCCCCGGGGGCGGCGAGGGCGAGGGCGAGGGCAGCGACGACCCCCUGGACGGCGACGACGAGCUGGUCAUCGACCUGCCCGAGUGACCCCGAGUGACCCCGAGUGACCAUCGGCCUCCCUGAGUGACCAUUGAGUGACCAUCGGCCUCCCUGAGUGACCAUUGAGUGACCAUCGGCCUCCCUGAGUGACCAUUAAGUGACCAUUGGCCUCCCUGAGUGACCACCGACCUGCCCUGGACGGCGACGACGAGCUGGUCAUCGACCUGCCCGAGUGACCCCGAGUGACCAUCGGCCUCCCUGAGUGACCAUCAACCUUCCCUGAGUGACCAUUGAGUGACCAUCGGCCUCCCUGAGUGACCAUCGGCCUCCCUGAGUGACCAUUGAGUGACCAUCGGUUUCCCCUGAGUGACCAUCAACCUUCCCUGAGUGACCAUUGAGUGACCAUCGGUUUCCCCUGAGUGACCAUUGAGUGACCAUCGACCUCCCUGAGUGACCAUUGAGUGACCAUCGACCUGCCCUGAGUGAUCCCUGAGUGAUCCCUGAGUGACCAUCGGCCUCCCUGAGUGACCAUCGACCUCCCUGAGUAACCAUUGAGUGACCAUCGGCCUCCCUGAGUGACCAUCAACCUUCCCUGAGUGACCAUUGAGUGACCAUCGCCCUCCCUGAGUGACCAUGAACCUUCCCUGAGUGACCAUUGAGUGACCAUCGGCCUCCCUGAGUGACCAUCAACCUUCCCUGAGUAACCAUUGAGUGACCGUCGGCCUCCCUGAGUGACCAUUGAGUGACCAUCGGCCUCCCUGAGUGACCAUGAACCUUCCCUGAGUGACCAUUGAGUGACCGUCGGCCUCCCUGAGUGACCACUGAGUUACCAUCAACCUGCCCUGAGUGAUCCCUGAGUGAUCCCUGAGUGACCAUUGAGUGACCAUCGGCCUCCCUGAGUGACCAUCAACCUUCCCUGAGUGACCAUUGAGUGACCAUCGGUUUCCCCUGAGUGACCACUGAGUGACCAUCAGCCUCUCUGAGUGACCAUUGACCUUCCCUGGACGGCGACGACGAGCUGGUCAUCGACCUGCCCGAGUGACCC